GCCAGCUCUGAUAAACUGCGCCCAUGGAAAAGACCGGACUGGUAUUUUUGUUGCCCUUCUUCAAAAAUUAGUUGGAAUGUCUCGAGAAGCGGUUUGUGAAGACUAUGCUCUAUCAGAGACAUUAUUGGCUCCUAUCAGGAGUCGAGUUCAUGAUGAAAUCGUCAAGAAGUUUGAUUUUUCAGAGGAUUUCAUAUCAGCUAGGCCGGAAACAAUGGCAUCUCUAUUGGACUAUAUUGACGAAAAAUAUGGGUCAGUUGAAUCCUAUCUGAUAUCCAUUGGUUUUACACAAGAAGACCAAGACGUGUUGCGAAAAUACUUCUUGCUAAUUAAUUGGUCGGUUAAAGGUCAAGGUAUUAAAGGUUAUUGGUUAGGGAGAAUCCAUUCAAAGUUAGGGGACGAUAGUCGUGAAAACACAAUGAAAUUUUUAAAACUGCAAUAAUGUUGAAGCACCAAGACACGAAAUCACCUUGUUACAAAAUGUCUGUAUUUUAGAAACCAUGACUUUCUUUUACAAAAUCAUGCCUAGUUAAAAUUAAGUGUUCACUAAAAUUACGAUUAAUAAUUAUUAAAC